UCGUGAAUCCCAUGUUUCUUUAGCCAACAAACUGAUACCCUAUACAACCCUUCUUCACUUCAUUCAAUCCCUCUCUCUCUAGAACCCUGGGUUUUCGAUAUUUCGUACAAUUCACAUCAUUGACCAAAAAAUACCCAAUUUCUUUAGGGUUUGUAGAAACCAUUUAGGGUUUCUUGUAUGCAACAUUAAAGAUCAAUUCCAAAUUCCGAUAAUUGAUGGAGCUUGUUAUUGCAUCAAGAGCAGGGGAUGAUCGCAAUCUUGCUUCAAGAAAAGCACAAGAAGCAGCUUUGAGGAGGUUUCAUGCUACCGAAUGGCUUGAAACUAUUGUCGGCCCAUUAGGGAUUCCGAAACAGCCUACGGAGAAACAGUUUAUUGAGUGUUUGAGAAACGGGUUGAUUCUGUGUCAUGCUAUUAAUGAGAUUGAACCCGGGUCUGUCCCAAAGGUUGUGGAGAUUAGUCGGUUUCCUUCGCAGUCGCUUACUUGGGAUUCUCAGCCGUUACCUGCUUAUCAGUUUUUUGAGAAUGUUAGGAACUUUUUGAAAGCGGUUGAAGGGUUAAGGCUUCCGGUUUUUGAAGCUUCGGUUUUCGAAAGGGAUAAUAUGGUGGCGGGUUCGUCUGCUAAGAUUGUCGAUUGCGUGUUGGGGCUUAAAGAGUACAAUGAUAGGAAACAGAAGAAAAAAGGGAAUGGAUCUUUUAAGCAUGAUUUCAGAUCUCCUUUGAUGAUGCAUUCAAAUGGUAGGAACUUCAACAAGCAGUUGGAUUUGUCUGCCAAUUUUGAAAAGCAGCCACCGUCUCAAAACGAUGCUCAGAAGCUUGAAGAUUUAAUUGUCAAGGCUUUAGCCGAAUGUAUGACUGAUGCAAAAGAGAAUUUAGAUGGUAACUUGUUGGCCUCUAUUCGUAACGGAAAUACGGAUUCUGUCAAGUUGCUUACUAAGAUGAUUUCAAGCACUUUGGAGGAACAACUUCAGUACAAACUCCCCAUGUGUAAUCCAAUUUCCAAAGAUCUAUCCACAGAAGAAAGCGGAUCUGUUACAAGCUCUGCAAGUUCGUUAUCGCCACAUUCAUCAUUAACUGUAAAUGCCAAACGUUGUCGAGUUGGUGAUUGCAACCACUUGCAGGUGGUUCAAGUACAAGAAAAAAACCUACUGAACUUAAAGGAACUGUUGUCGAGUACAAAGGCCGAAUUCGGAGACUUGCAGUCUCAACUUCAAAACGAUCUAAAACAAAUGGAGGGUCAAAUAGAGGAAUUAUCCGCUGCUGCGCAGGGAUAUCAUAAGGUGGUUCAAGAAAACAGGAAUUUAUACAAUAUGGUCCAGGAUCUAAAAGGAAAUAUUCGGGUAUACUGCAGGAUCAGACCUGCAUUUAGAUCCGACACAAAAAAUGUGAUCGAUUAUAUUGGGGAAGAUGGCUCGUUAGUUGUGUUGGAUCCUUCAAAACCGAAUAAAGACGGAAAAAAGUUGUUUCAAUUCAACCGUGUCUUCGGUCCAACUGCCACUCAAGAGGAGGUAUUCGGGGACACUCAACCACUUAUAAGAUCAGUUAUGGACGGUUACAACGUGUGCAUUUUUGCAUACGGGCAGACAGGAUCCGGGAAAACACAUACAAUGUGUGGUCCUGUUGGUGCAUCGAGAAAGGAAAUGGGAAUCAACUAUUUGGCUCUCAAUGAUCUUUUUGAUCUAUCAAACAGUAGAAAAGAUGUUCUAAAAUACGAGAUUUUCGUACAAAUGGUGGAAAUAUACAAUGAACAAGUCAGAGAUCUAUUGACCACUGAUUCUACAUCCAGUAACAAAUUGGAGAUCCGUAGCUGCACGAGUGAGAAUGGUUUGAGCCUUCCUGAUGCAACCAUUCACCCGGUCAAGUCAACCACUGACGUCCUAAACUUAAUGAAAACUGGUCAAGUGAACCGUGCUGUGAGUUCAACGGCUUUAAACAACCAAAGUAGCCGGUCCCACAGCAUAUUGACGGUGCAUGUGCACGGAAAGGACGUAAACGGAGGGACGAUUCGAAGCUGUCUUCAUUUGGUGGAUUUAGCCGGAAGUGAACGUGUGGAUAAAUCGGAAGUCACGGGUGAAGGGCUUAAAGAAGCUCAACAUAUAAACAAGUCACUCUCUUGUUUAGGAGACGUAAUCACCGCUUUAUCACAGAAGAACUCGUACAUUCCAUACCGAAACAGCAAGCUUACACUACUCCUUCAAAACUCGUUAGGUGGAAAUGCAAAGACUUUGAUGUUUGCUCAUGUGAGCCCAGAAGGUGAUUCUUUCGGGGAAACGGUUAGUACGUUGAAGUUCGCUCAACGUGCUUCAACUGUCGAACUCGGUGCGGCUCGAUUAAACAAGGAAAGCAGGGAGGUUAUGGACCUUAAAGAACAAAUCGAGAGCCUGAAGAAACAGUUGGCAGAGAAGGACCCGCAAAGCGCGCCACAAGUCAACAAACUUGAACCGAGAUCGCCGUUACCACGAGCAAAAGCAGCAGCUGUUACGAUAGACAGGACUCCCAAGAGUCCACGAUCGCCAUUACCACGACCAAAAGUAGCAGUAGCAACGAUGGACAGAACUCCGCCAAAUUCUGCUUCAAAAAGCCGACAAGUGAAGCCACUUGUGCUACCGAAAACACCUGAAUCUCAAGUGUCGAUCAGAAAUGAAAUCAUUAUUUCGUCGGAAAUUAGAGGUAGCACUGCCAAUGUGAAAUCGUCACAUAUCAGGAAAUCGCUUCGGACCAUUGGGAAAUUGAUUAAUGGCUCCGAAAAACGGAUUCAAAUGAAAACCAAUGAAGUGCAAACAUCCACGCUGACGCCACCUGUUAUUGCUAGGCCAUCACGACGGCAGUCUUUAACUGGGGUUCAGCCGCCGGAGAGGUCAAGAAGAUCUUCACUUGAAGGAGUUAACCCUUGUGUUGAUGGGAAUACGGAUGUGAGAACGCCACCAACGGUCAGCCGUUCAAGCAAAACUAAGUGGAUGUAAUGUUGAGUUUGAGUUGAGAAACCUUCAUGGCUUUGACUCGAAGCGUAUGGCAUUGUUGAGCUGCAACUUUUGUUUAAUAGCAGGCUAGAAAUUUAGAUGCAAUUUAGUUGUGUACAUGUAAGAAUUCAUUUGAUUGAUUUUGAUGGAAAUUCCACCAUAGAUAUAACUUUCUGUUUAA